UUCACCGCAAUUAUUUUAAAUCAAUCAACCGAUGUCCGCUUCACUUGAAACAACGUUUUUUUUGUACAAAAAAUCACGUAUAAAUACCGAUUGUUCUUUGGAAAAAAUGAUCAAACUGUGAACAGCAGCGUGAAAAACAAAAUGGUGUAAUAAUAGUCUCGUUGAGCGCGUAUAAAUGAUAGAUAAUGAAGGUUAAGCAGAUACUGUGGACGAUAUUAUUUGUUGCUUCUUCAUCUGUGAGCGCAGUAAAGUUUGAGAAUAAUAGUCUUCAAAAUUUGGUGGGCCUAGCGUGGACGCUUUUAGAGAAAUCUUCAAGUUUUGUGCCUAUGCAUCCUGAUACAAAAUUAAACGUCCCCCAGUUUCUUGCUAAAUACCACUACCCUCUGGAAUGUCACGACGUCACAACGGAAGACGGAUACAUCCUCACCAUGCAUCGUAUACCACACGGAAGAAGAGACACAAAAUCUGACUCUGAAAAACCAGUCGUAUUUUUCAAACACUGCUUCAUGUGCUCUUCAAGAGAUUGGCUAUUGUUAGGACCAACCAGAUCGUUACCAAUGAUUCUAGCAGAUCAAGGUUAUGAUGUAUGGUUAGCCAAUACCCGAGGAAAUCUCCACUCGAUGAAACACAAAACCCUCAACCCAGACACUGACAGUCAAUUCUGGGACUUCAGUUUUCACGAAAAAGGAUACUACGAUCUUCCCGCUUCUAUAGAUUAUGUGAUAGAAACAACAAAAUCAGAGAAAAUAACCUAUAUAGGUCAUUCUCAAGGAACUACAGAGGCUAUGGUACUGACUUCAACGCGACCUGAGUAUAAUGAAAAGUUUUACAGUAUGAUUUUGUUGAGUCCUGUGGUUUACUUGGAACAUGUGAAGAGUCCUUUGAUUUUGCUGAUGACACAGUAUAGACAGGAAGUAGAGAGUUUCCUGUAUGGGAAUAACAUCUAUGGGAUACCUUGGAAUCCAUGGAUAUCUGUAUUUGCUCAGAAAGCUUGCAACAUCAUUAGUCCCUUUCAUCACAUCUGUGUUAAUAUAUUGGAGCUAAUUAUUGGCUAUGAUCUUCCACAAUUGGACAGAUUUUUGCUGACAGUUCUUCUAUCGUAUACGCCUGCCGGAUUUUCUGUCAAAGAGCUCAUACAUUUUGGACAAGCAAUAACAUCAGGAGAAUUUAAACAGUUUGAUUACGGAUUGAUGAAUUCCCAGAAGUACGGCAGGGAAACGUCACCUGUCUAUGACGUUUCGAAAAUCACAGCACCAAUCAUUACUUAUUAUGGCAAAAAUGACUAUUUGGUUGAUGUCUUAGAUGUGGAGAAGUUUAUGAAUCAACUACCGACUAAGCCAGAAGCGCAUUUGAUAGAAUGGGAAUUGUUCAAUCAUUUCGAUUUCAUAUUUGCCAAAAAUGUCAAAAGAUUACUUUACGAUUCAGUAAUAGACGUUGUAAAUAAAUACAACAAAUUUGUAAAUAAAUAAAUUAUUAAAAC